CUGUCUGGUGUCACACGUUAGGGGUUGAGUUUGGACUCUCUUAGGAGUAAGGAAAAGCAAAAUAUUUGACCAUUCUUCUUUCUCUCUUUUUAUACAAAUCUGCACGGAGUCAGAGAUGUCGUCGAAUAAUGGAAUCCAACGAAGUUGAAGGAUACUUAUAGGUAGCUAAACACUCCUUUACUUUUGAUUUUAUUUUUAUUUUCCCUCACUCAUCCGCAGCCGAGAAAAUGAAUGUCAACUUUACUUCUUUUCUUGGUGAAUUUUCUCGGCAAACAAACGGAAAAUUUCUCCGAUCACCUGCAAUUAGCUGAUGUUCUGUUUGUUUUUUGUGGCUUGCUGACGCAGUGGAAGUGAGUGACCUGCAAAAAAUUGUGCUCUGGUCUGCUUGUUUGCUUUGUACACGCGCAGAUUGUGUCUUUAAGUAAUUUGAGUUUCAGUAUUUCUGAAAACGAAAACCUGUUAAGAUUAGCCAUUAUCGCAGGUUAGCUCACACGAGUGCAUGGUUUUUCUUAAAUUUCUCUUUGAACCUAAUGCUAAUAGUAGCAGAGAGUGUCCUUUAAGGUCUUUCUUUGAUUACGGUUUGUUCCAUGGAUUACUUCCACCAAAUGAUUGUUAAAAUGGAGCUGAAUUCUGUAAUUUGCAUUUUUCAAGUGCUGUAAUAUAAUAAAAUUGCAAAAAAGUUGAGAUUGAUAGUAGUUUUGUAUUAGCAAUGGGACUUCUAAUGCUUAAUUCAACUGAGCCACCGAUAAAACGAAGGGCAGGUCUGCGGAUAAAACAAGCUGGAAGAGGUUCUUAUCGUGGCAGCUAGAGAAGUUUUUUUUAGUCAUGUCAUUUGGCCAAACUUGUUAUGUGUGUUAGAGAUUUGUGUAUUUCUUGGAAAGUCAACGAAUGGGAACUACUGCUCUGAGGCAGCUGUUGAAAAGUCUUUGCAAUAAUUCAAUCUGGAAUUAUGCUGUGCUAUGGAAGCUUAGGCAUGAGAGCCCUAUGAUUUUGAAUUGGGAAGAUGGGUACUUCAAGACAAAACCAGGGGAACCUGUGGAAAGCAUAACAAAUGAUGCUUACUGCAAAGAUGGAAGUGAUGUAUUCUGUCCUCAUUUUGAACCAAAUACAUCCAAUGGUAGCUUGGAGGAGAAUCCAGCUGGAUUUCUAGUGGCUGACAUGUCACGUAUUCAGUAUACCUUGGGAGAGGGGGUUGUUGGCAGAGUGGCCUUUACAAGGGACCAUUGCUGGGUUUCCUUCAAUAACAUUUUCACUGGUGAGGUUCAGUUAAUUCCUGAGUGUCCAGAAGAAUGGCUACUUCAGUUUGCCUCUGGUAUCAAGACAAUUUUGCUGGUACCUGCGCUUCCACAUGGAGUUUUGCAACUUGGGUCAUUGGAAGAGGUUGCUGAAGAUGUCAAUAUGGUAGCGAAUGUCAAAGGUAGAUUUAAUAGUCUUCACAGUAUUGGGAAAAAUACUGCACCUUCCUCCCUAAAGAAAGAAUUUCAAGAUGAACAAUCAUCUCCACUAAUAUCUAGUGGCAUUGACUGCUUAAAUGCACCAUCAACUACUGCAUUUACAUCAGUGAAGAUUAAAGAUCUAAAUCAUUCAAUAGCCGUCAACAGUGUUGAGAUGGAUAAUAGCAAUCAGUCCACUGCAAGUCGAGUUCUGCCACUGUUAAAUGUUGAAAAUUCAUUUAUUCCAGUUGGAAAAAAUCUGCUAGAAGCUCUCCAAUAUGAAACAGAAAAUAAUAUUGAUGUCCCUUCUAUUAGUCUUGCUGAAAUAUCAACUCCAAGUGUAUCUAUGAAUGCCAGCCAACUGGAGAUGAUGGAAAGCAAGCUGUUUGAACUGUCUUGUCUGAUGGAAGAGCUACAGGCACAUUCUGACUCUAAUGAUGACAAUGUGGGAAUGUUUGGAGAAUCGUUCAGUGGACUUAUGAGUUCUCAUCCUGCAGGCAAUAUAGCAGGGGAACCAGCUGGAGGCAAGACUGCUAACGAUAUGGAUAACAAAGUUGUAAGCAGUUUCUUUAGAUUUCCCAAGGAUAGUGAGUUGCAUAAAGUGCUUGGGCCAAAACAGACAAAUGAAAAGUUAUGGGAUGCAUCUCCCAUGGUUGAGGAUACUUGUAGCACCCCAAGUUUUACGUGCAGCAAAGAUCCUAGUGAAAGAACUGAACCAUACUGUUUUGCUAGGGGAGGUGAUACUGGUUAUCUGUUGGAAGCUGUGGUUGCCAAUGUAUAUAGUGGUUCAGAUGACACUUCUAAUAGAUCUAGUAGUUUCAAAUCUUCUACUAGUAUUUCGGGACACUUUGCUGCUUCUCCUAAACCUCAAAAUCGAUCAAAAGCAAGUACCUUGGUGAAGGAUGAUUCAACACUAUGUAGGCAUCUUAAAUCUGCAUGUAUUAUUGGGGACGAGAUUGCUGAUAGUUCUUCAAGUACUUCAAGGAGCAUGAUGGACGCAAUUUUUAGCACGGAACAGCAUGACAAUGAAUCCGAUGGCACACAGCCUCGGAAAGGACACAAGACAACGGUCACCAAAAGAAGGGUCAAACACGGUGAUAACCAAAGGCCAAGGCCAAGAGACAGACAGCUGAUCCAAGAUCGGGUGAAGGAGUUGCGCGAACUUGUUCCCAAUAGUGCUAAGUGUAGCAUUGAUGGCCUCUUGGAUCGAACCGUAAGGCACAUGCUAUAUCUAAAAAGUGUAACCGAUCAUGCUGAGAAAUUGAGGCGAUGUGUACGUCAGGAGCAUCCUGGUAUCAAGAAUUGGAGGUAUUACGAAGCCAAGGAGAAUUGCCAAAAUGGAACAAGCUGUGCUUAUGAAUUUGGACUUGAGUUCCAAAUGUGCCCUAUUCUAGUGGAAGAUCUUGCUUAUCCAGGACAUAUGCUCAUUUUGAUGCUUUGUGAUGAGCAAUGUCUCUUCUUAGAGAUCGCCCAAGUGAUCCGUGGCUUGGAAUUGACCAUCCUGAAGGGUGUACUUGAGACCCGAUCCGACAAAACAUGGGCAAGAUUCGUUGUCGAGGCUUCCAGGGGGUUCCACAGACUCGAUAUCUUGUUGCCUCUGAUGCAGUUUCUGCAGCGCAAAAGAAACCCCAUCUCAAGCAAGAUUUGAUGAGUCAUCUUUUCUCCAAGUAGUUGGUCAGAAGAGAGCAAUAUUCUACCCCAGUGGAAUAUACUUUCGAAGCAAUAAAGAGUUGCAAACUAAACAUCACUAUUGUAUUAUUACAAGGAUUAUGAUUGUAAGAACUUUGGUCGGUUUUCUUGCAAUGAACUGUCAAGUUUUACUAGCA